CUCCGCUGUGAUGGUUUAUUGAAACGUUGAACCACCGAGGCAAGUGGGCGUAUAGGAACAUACGGAGCCAAUGUGCCGUUUUACGCGCUCGGAGGUUUAACUCGGGAGUUGGCCCUGGUGAUGCGCAUCAGCCGGGGGCGUCCAGUGCAGAAGCAACAGGCGGUGCCGCGCUCCUGAGAGACAGCUGACUCCGGGCGGACUCCAACAGAACCACCAUCUGAUGUGUGAAGCCCAUCCAUGAGAACGAGAUGCGUGAUUUCAAUGAGAAUGACAGACGGAUCAUCUCAGGUUAGAUUGUGUGAUUCGCCGGGAUCCACUCGAUCGGAACGAGCACGGCGCGGACAUCAUUACGCGCGGCACCAGUUGAGGAAAAUCGAUUGUGAAGCGCCUUGGUUAACGCGAGAGGAAGUGAAACCAGCCAACCAAUAACCGCACACGUCUUUUCCUCGCGUUGGCUGCAGAAGUAGCCGCUGCAACUUCAUUUUGCAUCAGACAUUUGUUUGUCCGUGGAGCGUUGCAUUGGACCCGCAUGCUCGCAGGAACCCCCGGCGCGCACUUGAUGCCAGGUUUGGUGAUGCCAUGCCCCGCAAUCACAGCGGCGAUGAAGGAGGAGGCGCUGCCGGGCUCUGGAUGAGGACGUCGCCUGGGCACCGCACCACCGAUGGUUAUGGCUUGAAGGAUGUGGAGUUGGGAGGAAGGAUGAACAACGCUGCUGGAGAUGGUCUGCUGCUGUCCACGGGGAUAGGGGCUCCGGAGAGCCUGCGGGGGAAGCAGGGGGCCCGGCUCAGUCUGCUGGGGAAGCCGCUCAUAUACAGCGCGCAGAGCGGCCGGAGGAACGUGCGCUACCGGCGGCUCCAAAACUACCUCUACAACGUGUUGGAGAGACCCCGCGCCUGGGCGUUCAUCUACCACGCUUUGGUGUUCAUCCUCGUGUUCAGCUGCCUGGUUCUCUCUGUGUUCUCCACCAUCCCUGCCCACCAGGACUUCUCCUCCUACUGUCUGCUCAUCCUGGAGUUUGUGAUGAUCGUGGUGUUCGGCUUGGAGUACAUCGCCCGGAUCUGGUCCGCUGGCUGCUGCUGUCGCUACCGGGGAUGGCAGGGACGGCUGCGCUUCGCAAGGAAGCCCUUCUGUGUGAUCGACAUCAUCGUGCUGAUCGCGUCGGUGGCGGUGGUCUCGGCGGGCAGCCAGGGGAACAUCUUCGCCACCUCUGUGCUGCGCAGCCUCCGCUUCCUGCAGAUCCUGCGCAUGGUGCGCAUGGACCGCCGCGGCGGCACCUGGAAGCUGCUGGGCUCGGUGGUCUACGCCCACAGCAAGGAGCUGGUGACGGCGUGGUACAUCGGCUUCCUGGUCCUCAUCUUCUCCUCCUUCCUGGUGUACCUGGUGGAGAACAAGUUCAACAAGGAGUUCGCCACCUACGCCGACGCGCUGUGGUGGGGAACGAUCACCUUGACGACCAUCGGCUACGGAGACAAGACCCCCAAGACAUGGACGGGCCGUAUGCUGUCGGCGGGGUUCGCCCUCCUGGGAAUCUCCUUCUUCGCCCUGCCGGCCGGUAUCCUGGGCUCCGGCUUUGCGCUGAAGGUCCAGGAGCAGCACCGACAGAAGCACUUUGAGAAGCGUAGGAACCCGGCGGCCUGCCUCAUCCAGUGUGUGUGGCGGAGCUACGCGGCCGACGAGAACUCUGUUUCCAUAGCGACCUGGAAACCUCACCUGAAGGCGUUGCACACCUGCAGCCCCACCAAGAAGGAGCAGGGGGAGACCACAACAAGCCAAAAGCUGAGCUUCAAGGAGCGCGUGCGCAUGGCGAGCCCCCGCGGCCAGAGCAUCAAGAGCCGGCAGUCGGUGAACGAGCGGCGCUCCCCGGUGGCCGAGACCCCCCCGCCGGCCACCGCCGAGGGGGGCAGCCCCGCCAAGGUGCAGAAGAGCUGGAGCUUCAACGACCGCACCCGCUUCCGGCCCUCGCUGCGCCUCAAGAGCCAAUCACGCUCCACCACCGACGCAGACUCCAACAUGGCGGGGGGCGAGGACGGGUUCGAUGAGAGGGGGUGCCACUGUGACAUCUCUGUGGAGGACCUGCUGCCGUCGGUCAAGUGUGUCAUCAGAGCUGUCAGGAUAAUGAAGUUCCACGUUGCCAAGAAGAAAUUCAAGGAGACGUUGCGGCCCUACGACGUGAAGGACGUGAUCGAGCAGUACUCUGCCGGUCAUUUGGACAUGCUGUGUCGCAUCAAGAGCCUUCAAACCAGGCUGGACAUGUUAGUGGGCCCGCAGCCCUUCAGCAGCAGAGCCAAGACCUUUUCCUCCCCCUCCCUCUCCGCCCUUUACAGCCAGUCCAGGAAGAGCUCCACACAGGGGGUGGACCAGAUCCUGGGGAAGGGCCAGAUCCCGCUGGACAAGAAGAUCCGGGAGAAGCUGCUGUCGGAGGGGGACGUCCUGGAGGACAUGAGCAUGCUGGGCCGGGUGUGUAAGGUGGAGCGGCAGGUCACCUCCAUCGAGUCCAAGCUGGACUCCCUGCUGGACAUCUACCGCCACGUCCUGAACAAGGGCCCGUCCUCCGCCCUGGCGCUGUCCUCCCUGCCGCUCUUCGAGCUGGAGCCGACCUCCGACUACCAGUCCUCUGUCUACAGUAAGGAGCGCUCCUACUCCACCCAGGCCAGCAGCGACGGCGGCGGCGGCGGCGGCGGCGGCGGCGGCGGCGGGGGCGGCCCGCCGUCCAGCGGCUGCGUCUCGCGCUCCUCCUCCUCCUCGGCCGCCGCCGCCGCCCAGCUCUCCCAGGGGGGGCUCCACCUCAUCCUGGUGCCCCCCAACGAACUCAACCUCAACCUCAACACCUCCGCCUCCACGCCGCCCUCCGCCCUCUUCAGCCCGCCGCCGCUGCCCCACCACCACCACCACCACCACCACCACCACCUGCCCCACCGGUACCACCACCACCACCUCCAGGCCCAGCCCGCCGCGCCCUGCUGCGCCGGGGGGGACGAGGCGCCCCUCCUCAGCCCCAGCAGCAACCCCCCCGACGGAGGAGGUGGAGGAGGUGGAGGAGGAGGAGGAGGUGGAGGAGGAGGAGGAGACGGAUGUUUCCCUCUCAUGGCCAGACUCCCCCCCCCGCCGGGGCCCCGUCGGACUCUGGGCCCCGGGAAGGUGUCCCCGUUGAGGUCGCCGUUGGACUUGCGUGGGGACCCCCCGGUGGGGCCGGGGGUGCGAGACGGCCGCGGCGGGGGCGUGGUGGAUGACCUGGGCCUGGGCCUGGGCCUGGGUCUGGGUCUGGGCCGGCUGCUGCAGGGCGGCAGCAGCGCCGACGCCCGGCUGAGCACCAAGGAGGACGGCUCCUGGAGGCGGCACAUGAGCCUGGAGAUGGAGCCCCUGGUGCCCCUUGCCGUGGACCGCCGCCCGGGGCCCGAGGAGGCGGACCGCGACCGCGGCCUGGAGAAGUCCAUGUCGGCGCAGGAUCUGAUGCAGGCGAUCCCGUGCGCCAACGUGGACGCCCGGCACUGCCUCAGCCUCUCGUCCCCCAGCCCCAGCACCGGCAGCGACUCCCCCUCCGGCCUCCUGGUGGGCUGCCAGGACCCUGAAGGUGGAGGAGGUGGAGGAGGAGGAGGAGGAGGAGGAGGAGGAGGAGGGGGUGACGGAUGGGGAGAGGAAGACCUCUUCAUCAGCGACAGGGACUUGGAGACGAGGACGGUGGACUUCCUGUCCCAGGGGACGGCCGAGGCGCGGUACUCGUCAGAACUACUGAGGACUGGUGUGAGGCUGGGGGGGGGUCCCGGGGACUCUGAGCAGAGCCUGGCCAGCGACCCCUUCUCCACGCCCUCGGCCGACAGCACAGAGUCCCUCAACACGCCCCACGUACGGCUAAAAUGA